GAGAUGGCGGACAAGGAGAACUCGGAGUUGGAGCGGUUCCUGAGAGAAGUGGAUGAGAUCACGAAUUUGGUUGAAGAAUUAAGGUCUGAUGACCCUGCAAUACGAGAAAAAGCUUUCCAGAAAGCAGAUGAAAAGUUGGAAAGAGGAUCCAGCGGAGCCGAUAUAGUCGAAGGAUGCAAGACAAAACUGAACUGCACAUUAAUCAAUCCAAACCCUUCAUGUAGUGGACCACCCCAGCCUUCUCAUCUCCCUGGUCAAUAUAGAAUGGACAGCAAUGUGAUGAACCAAGAUGAUUUCUUAACAGUUCUUGCGAGAGAUGCAGAGUCAAGAGGGAACAGAAGAAAAAAGAAUCAAAAGCUCGCCAAUGCAUUGAAAGAGAAGGGUAAUGCAGCAUUCAAAAAAGGGGACUAUGCAACUGCUGUGCAGUACUAUACAGAUGGCUUGGAAAAGCUGCGAGAUUUUCAGGUCCUAUACACUAAUCGAGCACAGGCGUAUAUCAAACUGGGGAAAUAUGAAGAGGCAAUCAGUGAUUGUGAGUGGGCCCUGAAGUGCAAUGAAAACUGUAUAAAGGCAUACGUUCAUAUGGGAAAGGCUAACCUUAACUUAAGGAAAUAUGAGGAGGCUCAACAAUGCUAUCAGAAAAUUUUAGAAAUUGAUCCAAACCAAGAGAAGCUGGUUAAAGAAUAUAUGAAUUUAUUGGAGCUGGCUCAAAAAAAGGAACAGCAGGAGAAAGAAGUUAUGGAAGAGUUUGAACGGGGUAAUGUGAAUACUACAACGGCUCAUGAAGUGCUGAAGAAACUAUCCAGCCCCAAUAAAAUUCCUUACUUCUACCUUGGCGGUGUGAGAUUCCUGACCGAGCUGAUGAAAGAGGGCACUGAACAGACUUUAUUCAGAACAAAUAAUGGAUUCAGUAUUAUCAGUGACAAUGAGAUUCUAAGAAGGAGUCUUGCCAGCUCAGUGAAAGAACCUUAUGAAGUGGAGCUGUGUGUUGCUGUCCUUGUGCUGUGGCAGGCUGUCUGUCAUGGGAAUGAGGAGAAUCAACGUUUACUUAUCACUUCUGGUACAAGUGAGCAGUUACUGGAUCUGUUGUCCUGUAAAGAGAGUGAAAUCUACACUGAGUGCAUAACUUUACUAUCCAGCUAUUUAUUGUCAGAGUAUGGAAAAGGUUUACUGCUGUGCAAUCUGAAUUUAACAAGGUUGAUGCAGAUCCUUUUGGGAUUUUUGAAUUGCACUGAUACAAUUGCAAACACUGCCAUGGGAAUCCUCGCCAGCUUAGUGCCAGAGAAUAAGUUUAAAAAGUAUUGUCGAAAUGAUUUUACAGUUAAUGUGUUACCAUCAUUUGAAAUUCUUUUGAAAAACUUGAAGUUGGUGAAUAAGCAGAUCUUUCCACAAUGCAUCUCCAUCAUUGGGAGCUUUGCAACUGACAAGGCAAUUUCUGGACAAAUAGCAGGGAGAGAAGAAUACUGGGACUCUUGCCUAGCUGCUCUUGAUGAAGCGAUAUCAUCUGUCCCUGCGAGUGACUACAGGGAAACCUUGUACGCUCUCCUGGGCCUGAUGGCAAAAGCUCCAGCUAUUACAGAAAGGUGCAUCUCCUUGCUUGGGAGUGCAGAUGGUGGUAUUCUCACAAGAGCCACAGGGCUUCUGAGUCACAUGCUCCCUCAGUCUGCUGAAGCAGUGGAAAAAGCAUUGAAAUCUGAAAUCGUGAAGAAAAUGCUCAGGUUUAUAAAGGUGGGUGGGAUGACAACUACACGAUACGCUGUGAAAAAUCUGGCUGUCUGCAGCAGUCACAGCGAACAUGCCUGUGAAGAGAUUGUUAAGUGUGAUAAAAAGCUCAGUGCUCUAAGGAAACUGUUGUCUUCAGACGACGAGUUAGUGGUGGGGAACGCUGCCCUUUGCCUUUCGCACUGCUUUGAGAUCCCUGGAGCUGCUACAUCUCUACUCAAGUCCGACAUCGUCAGAGUGUUGUUAAAACAUGCUGGUGGUGAUGCCAAGCAGAAUGGCCUCCAGCAGAAUGCAGCAAUCGCUCUCGGUAAACUUUGCUUGGCAGAAUCCAGGCAUAGGACUGAGCUCCGAGAACUACAUGGAUUGGAAAUUCUUACGUCCUGCAUGAAAUACAUAAAGUGAGGGUGUAACCUUAUGAACUGUGACUCCUGGGUAGCUGUGCUGAAGCUAAUACAUCUGGAGAAUUACCUGAAGAGACUGGUUAUGUUUAUUGACUUUUAGGAACCUGGUUUAAUUCAACUUGAAUGCACUCUAACUCCAUUUAAUCAAUACUGCUAUGGAAAGUAAUCCCACAAACUUUAUUUACUAAUUCUUUCUAAGCUGCAAAACCAGCAUCCUGAUCCUUGCCUCACUCUGUGCUGUGACUAGUGUUCAUUAUUACAGCUUCCAAGUGAGUUUAUU